AUGGCCAUGGCAGAUAUCGGUCUAUAUUUGCAAGUCUGUUCGUGGGUUUUGGCUCGCGAUGGGUAUGAAAAUGCAGCGUUACAUCCAAAACUGGACGCAAAAGUGGACGUGCAUGUUGGAAACGGGCAAGGAUGCGCUGAUCCCACACAGGAGUUAUGGAUGGACCGUGUGUGGGCAGACAGAUGUGUCCUUCUUCUGAAUGAAGCUCCACAUAGCUCCUCUGGGCACAGGAAUGGUCUUUCACCUGAAUGGAUAAGAAGAUGCACCCGCAAAUGGGCGGGCUUUGCAAACUUUUGGUUGCAAUUUUCAUGGGUGCAACAGAACCUUGCCUUUGGAGAAACUUUCAAUUGGACGGUGCCAUCUUGGCGGUCGCCCAUCGCUAAAAUAAAAUUUAAUUUCCAAAGUUUCAUGGCAGGUUCAUCGCCUUGUAAGGCGGCUUUGGCUCGUUUCUCGCAUGUCAAUAUGUCUGCGAAAGCCAUAAAAGCAAGAACAUUGGUAUCCGGAGAUUUACACAGGCUAAUCCGUGGAGACUUCUGCAGCCUCCAUGGCGGCCAAGGGCAUUCCGAUGCCUGGGCCUAUAAGCCAAGUGGGAUGAAUCAUAAUCACGGGAAAAAAAACAUUAGCCAACUAUUUCGCCUGUCUCGGUUUGCAGUCACACAAAAAUGCCAUAGAAAGAAUCUGAAGCGGUUGGGCCUUCAAUAA